AUGGGCUCACGCAACUACGAUGUCCCCCGCCCGUCGCCGCCCCUCGAUGCGCCCUUCUACACAAGAUGUCAGGACCCCGUUCUGAACACGACCGCGCGCGAAAAUGCCGUGUUCAUGAUGCUCGCGCGCAACUCGGAAGUCAAGGGUGCAGUCUCGAGCGUGCGAAGCGUGCAGGAGCAGUUCAACGACAACUUUGGGUAUCCCUGGGUGUUUCUCAACGACGAAGCAUGGACUGAGGACUUCAAGCGGAAGGUGGGCAAAGCAGUCGGAGAAGGCGCAGACGUCAAGUUCGAAGUCAUACCCAAGGAGAUGUGGGGGUAUCCCGAAUGGAUCGAUCAAGACCGCGCGAAGAAGAGCAUGCAGGAUAUGAAGAACCGGGGUAUACAAUACGGUGGGCUGGAAAGCUACCACCACAUGUGUCGCUUUCAAUCUGGGUACGUCGCAUCGUCCACAUACUCUUCGCACAGCACUGACAGCAACCCCGUAGCUUCUUCUACGACCACCCCGCCCUCCUCCCCUACAAAUACUACUGGCGCGUCGAACCCAGCAUAUCCUUCACCUGCGCCAUAA